AAUCUUAGUAACAUCUUUAAACAUGUAUUUUACAUGUUUUAAACUACAUGUACAUGUUUGUAAUGAAAGAGCUAUGUAGUCAUGGUAUUAAAGACAGUUUUAAAAUGAAGAUGGCAUGUGAAUAUUUUUGGUGUAGUACUGAAGUCUUUUUAGUUUUAUUUUUAGUGAUGAUCAUUUGUACUUGUCUUUAUAUGCAUAAAAAUUAUUAAAAUUGUCAAAUUGUGUUAUCAUAAAACUGUAGGAGUUGUAAACUUGGGUCUUUCAAAUACUCUUUAUUUGAUUUUUAGAUAAAAUCCUCAAUACUGUACAUCAGAGCUAAGUGUCAGACUUCAAUGAAGGAACAUCACUACCAGUUGUACAUUUGCAUCUCUCGAAAUGGACAGUCAGGGACAAGUAUACAUCAUGGAUAUUGUCAAUGUCCUGUGGGGCUGGGGCAGAGCUGUAGUCAUAUUGGAAGCUUACUCUUUGCAUUGAGCCAUGCCAAACCCCAGGAAAGCUGCACAAGUAUGUCUUGCAAAUGGGUGGUACCCACAGGAAGGUCUAACAAACCCAACGGUACACUAGAAACCUUGAGCCAAAGGAAGUCUAAAGAGGAUAAGACAGACAGCGACACCAAUGACACAGAGGAUACUUCAUUUGACCCUCGCCAUACCACUCACAGAGACUUUGAUUUAAAUGCUACACUCCUUCAGUUGAGAAAUUUGAAGGAAAUUUUUCCAAGUACAGGUAUGAGUCAUUUGUGGACCAUCCCAGAUGAUGUCCCCAUAGCUGAGAGGGAGAUAGAGGUGGAAACAUAUGAAGAUCCAUUAGAAAUGGCAUCCAAAGCACUGAUCUUGUCUAAGAAGAAUUUGACAAUCCCAAUUUCAAUUGAUGAAAAUCUGAGCGCCUAUGUAGAGAAAAGGACAAAAGGUCAACGAUCAUGUUCCCUCUGGAGAGAACUCCACAAAGGGAGAAUCACGAGUUCUCUCUUUGGUGCCAUUUUAAAUGCUGGACCUAACCUUGUGGACCAAAUUAUUUACUAUUAUAAACAUAAAUUUACUAUAAUAAUUCAGUAUUUCAACUAACUUCUAUUUUUACAUAUGAAUUAUAGUGCGUAUUAUUCUUUAUAUCAAAGAUAUCAAAUACUUCCUCGUCCAGUCCAGUGGGGUGUAGACCAUGAGAAAGAAGCAGUGAAAGACUACCUGACUCUGCAGAAUACAGUCUCUGAUGUGACAGUGGAGGCAUCUGGGCUUACCAUUUACCCAUCUCAUGCAUUUUUAGGUGCAAGCAGUGAUGGAUGGGUAAAUGAUAAGUCCAUGUCCAUGGGAAAUGAGAGAGGGGUGUUAGAGAUUAAGUGCCCAUACUCAAUCUCUAAUGAAGUAAUUGUGGGAAAAGAGGUCCAUGAACUAGCUGGGAAAGGGAGGUUUUGUUUGGAGGAUACCCCAGAAGGACCAAGACUGAAACGAAAUCAUAAAUACUACGUUCAGAUUCAGGGUGAAAUGGCAAUAAUGGGGUGUCCAUGGGGUGAUUUUGUUGUCUGGAUGGCUGCCAAGGACAGCAACUGUUUUAUAGAGAGAAUUUACUUUGACUCUGAAUUUUGUACACACAUGAUGCCAAAACUUGUUGAAUUUUUUGUUCAUCAUAUUUUGCCUUUUUAUUCUGAAAAUGAAUUAGCUCACCUGAACUGAAGGCUAAAGCAAGCUUUUCUAAUUGAAGGGUGUCCGGUAUCUGUCUGGCUUGUGUAUUCUGUUAACUUUUCACAUUUUCAACUUAAAAAUCUUCUUCUGAAGAACCACUGUGCGAGAAAAGAUAUAACCUUUAUGAAAGCUUCAUUACAGAGUGCAAACUUAAGUUCUCUCAAAUCAUAAUCCCCGGCUUAAUGCAGUACCACAACAGCCUUAAAGGGGAUCAAAGUUAUAUAUACCUUAUGAAUACACAGGAAGUAUAUUUAAUAAUCUCAAGAACAGCAAAUUCAUGAUCAGUCAAAACAAUAUGGAAGCAAUUUUAGUUAGUGUAGAUUCAAGUUUCUUCAUAUAAUGACCCCUGGGGGUAGUUUUAAACCACUUAUAUAUAUUCAAACUUUUCAAUAUAAAUGUACUAAUUUCUGCUUUUCUUUAUAGAAAGUGCUCAGGUGAGCAACUGGUCUAUGGGCCUGUUUUUAUUUUAAUUCAGAGUUCAUGUCUUUAAAUUUCUUUAUACAGAUUCCCAAAACUCCAGACAAAUGCUCACCCCUAAAAAAGAAACCAAAACCACUGUCGACAGGGUGUAUUUUAAUUUGAUGAUGGCAAAAAUAAUGCAAUUUUAUAAGAAAUAUAACACGCAUGUUACACACUAUGUAUGUAAAGUUUCAAGUACAGCAGCACAUGAAUUGUUGUCAAAAAAAUUAUUUCUGUACCUCUAAAUGAUAGAAAGGAAAGAAAAUCAAUCUGGAUUUAAGUUAUAUUCAUUUCUUUAAUGCUUUGGCACAUUGGUUAAAACACUUUGCUCAUUUUAAAGUUUUUUCGUUACAUGAAUUCUAAUUGAUUCAAAAAAUGCAUCAAUAAUUUUCAGAUAUUUAAACAAAUGUUCAUAAACUGCAUAAUAUGUACAAAAUAUAUAUCAUAAAAUUAUACUAAAUAAAUGUAUAUUCAUAAGAUCAACAUAUUUAACACAAACAUACAGUCAAAGACAAAAAAAAAAUUGUCAGGAUUUACAAGCAUAAAAUGAUUUCCCUUCUUGAGAAAAUUAUACCAAGAUACUGAAAGUCCUCUGUAACAAAAUUGUGCAAAAAAUGAGUCCUUUUCCCCUCUUCCUUUGUUUUGUUUUUUUAAAAAUAUGAUAACAAUUUUAACAGCAUUACUUGCAGAUCACUUAAAGAUUAAAGAGUUGUUCCCCUUUAGACAUCUCUCAUAAGAUGUAUAAAAAUACAAAUCUUACUUUCUGUUAUAUUACUAAUGAUAGUAAUGUUGAUAGUACAUGUAUAUAAAGGUCUGACAACACAUUCCUUGAAUAUCUGUUUUGUAAACCUUUAUAACAUAUAGAAAAAUAUUCAUAAUUAUCAAUAUAUCUUGUGAUUUUUAAACUUUAAAUUUUCUUUAAAAAUAACACCACAAGUUGUGAUAUUGUCUUGUUAAAGUAGCAAUACUUCCAUGACAAAUUCUUAGGAAAAAUUAUAUACGUGUAUAUUAUUGAGGAAAUUGUCAUCUGGCAUCAAUAUACAUGUAUCUUAAAUGAUUAUAAUUAUAGAUACACUGUACUGGUAUUCACUCCAAAUAAAAUUUGAAAAAUUGA